CCUUACUGGCAGACCUGGAAUCCACCACCUCACAUAUCUCCAAACGACCAGUGUUUCUAACAGAGGAAACACCUUACUCCUAUCCAACUGGAAACCACACGUACCAAGAGAUUGCUGUGCCACCUCCAGUGCCCCCACCACCUUCCAAUGAGGCCCUGAAUGGCACCGUGAUUGACCCCUUAGACCAGUGGCAGCCCAACGUAUCCAGAUACGUCCACCAGCAACCUCAGUCCCAGUCUCCUAUAUACAGCUGUAGUGCCAAAAGCUCCAGUGCCUCUGUUCCUAGAGACGGGCUUAGCUCUCCUCCUCCCCGUGCCACUGAAGAGGAACACGUCUACAGUUUCCCGAACAAGCAGAAGUCUGCAGAACCAUCUCCCACAAUGACCAGCUCCUCUCUGGGCAGCAACCUCUCAGAACUGGACAGACUUCUUCUGGAACUGAAUGCUGUUCAACAUAAUCCUGCCGGUGGCUUCCCAGGAGAUGAAGCCAGCAGAAGCCCAUCGCUGCCUAGUGUGACUGGACCUCACUAUGUUGUCCCAGAGAGCAGCAGCUCGGUGGGAGGGAAGGCAGCACCCCCUACAAAAGAAAAGCCAAAGCGAAAUGGUGCACGUGGGAUCGAAGAUGUGCGUCCCAGUGUGGAGAGCCUGCUGGAUGAGCUGGAGAGCUCUGUGCCAAGUCCAGUCCCUGCAAUCACUGUGAGCCAAGGUGAGGUGAGCAGCCCUCAGCGGGUCACCGCCAGUCAGCAGCAGACCCGCAUAUCUGCUUCUUCAGCUACACGAGAACUGGAUGAGCUGAUGGCAUCUCUCUCUGACUUUAAGUUCAUGGCACAGGGGAAAGCCGGGAGCAGCUCUCCUCCAUCCACAGUCUCCAAGCCUGGCAGCCAGCUGGACACCAUGCUGGGAAGUCUUCAGUCUGACCUGAACAAACUGGGUGUAGCUACCGUGGCCAAAGGCGUCUGUGGAGCCUGCAAGAAGCCUAUUGCUGGGCAGGUAGUUACAGCUAUGGGGAAAACCUGGCACCCUGAGCACUUCGUCUGCACCCACUGCCAGGAGGAGAUUGGGUCACGUAACUUCUUUGAGCGGGAUGGUCAGCCCUACUGCGAGAAGGACUAUCACAACCUUUUCUCCCCUCGCUGCUACUACUGCAAUGGGCCGAUCCUUGAUAAAGUGGUGACGGCUUUGGACAGAACGUGGCACCCUGAACACUUUUUCUGUGCCCAGUGUGGAGCUUUCUUUGGACCUGAAGGAUUUCACGAGAAGGAUGGCAAAGCCUAUUGCCGCAAGGACUACUUUGAUAUGUUCGCUCCCAAGUGUGGAGGCUGUGCCCGGGCUAUCCUGGAAAACUACAUCUCUGCCUUGAACACCCUGUGGCACCCUGAAUGCUUUGUCUGUCGGGAGUGUUUCACACCGUUCAUCAAUGGCAGCUUCUUUGAACACGACGGGCAGCCCUACUGCGAGGUGCAUUACCACGAGCGUCGCGGCUCCCCCCUCUCCGUUUGCCAGAAGCCGAUCACGGGACGCUGCAUCACUGCCAUGGGCAAGAAAUUCCACCCCGAACACUUUGUCUGUGCCUUCUGCCUCAAGCAGCUCAACAAAGGAACCUUCAAAGAGCAGAAUGACAAGCCCUACUGCCAGAACUGCUUUCUCAAGCUCUUCUGUUAGAGUCAUCAUAGACGGGCGCUAAGCAUCUUUCUGCCACCCCCUUGGCAGUUCUGUCUCUCUGAACAUUACUGUGAUUUAGAAACCUUACCAGGCAGGGGAGGAGGGUGGGGUGGGUGGGAGUGCUUUCUGCUGCUGUGGAGAGGCAGUAGAUCCAGAGAUGAGAUGGACCAUUAAACUGGAAAUGCCCUUGCUGUGUCUCAGUAGAGAGGGGCCGAGUCCCCUCAUUACGGUGUGCAUGUCUGUGCGCGACUGACAGCCAAGCUUAGCUCGAGGGCUCCAACAGGGAGAUUUCACCCAGGCCCCUCCUGGCAGAAGGAGCCUUUGCUGGUGCGUUUUAACCUGUGUCAGCUCUCUGAGCAGCUCGUGACGCUUGCAGACAACACAGCCCUCU